UCACGUACUUUUGACGCUGAUCUGUUCUGUGGUCUGGUCUUCUCUCUGGGGCCGCAAGCAACAGCACUGUUUUCAUCAACGGGGCUCGGCUCACCAUUUACCGGACUCGCUAUGGCCGCCUAACUACUGUGGGCGCCCUGGACUAUCGUUCUUUUUGCCGAACCUCCAGUCACCGAAGCACCCGAACUUUUUUCCUCGGAUAAACUUUCGGACUUUUUGGCGUAGUUUUUAUGUCCACAAAGAAGGAUGCAACCCCCACCGAGAAAGGUCCGGGUCACCCAGGAACUGAAGCACACUCACGGCGAGCAGCUGAACAGACUGCACGUCAAACACCAGGCCGAGUGUGACCUCCUGGAGGACCUGAGGACAUUUAGCCAAAAGAGGGCAUCUGUAGAGCGAGACUAUGCCCAGGCUUUGCAGAAGUUGGCCAAUCAGUACCUAAAAAGAGAGUGGCCUGACAGCCUGUCGGAUGAAGCCGAUCACAGGAACAUGUAUUGCGUAUGGAGGGCUUAUCUGGAGGGUACCGUCCAGGUCACCCAGUCCAGAAUCAACGCCUGCGACAACUACAAAGCGCAGGUGGCCGAGCCGGCUAAAACGGCCCGACUGCAGAAGGAGCAACAGCUGCGCAAGUGUAUCGAACGGCUGACCAGCAUCCAGGCCGAGCUGCAGGAGUCCGUCAAAGACCUGACCAAGAGCAGGAAGAAGUACCAGGAGGCGGAGACCAUGGCGCAGGCUGUUCGGGAGAGGGCAGAGUUGGAAGCCAAAUCCAAGCUGAGUCUCUUCCAGUCCAAAUCUAGUCUGCAGAGGGCAACUGUCAAGCUCAAAGCGAAGCGGAGCGAAUGCAUCUCCAAAGCCACCCACUGCAGAAAUGACUACCUGCUCACGCUGGCGGCCGCCAAUGCCCACCAGCAGCGCUACUACGACACUGAUCUCAGCAUAUGCCUCAAGGCACUUGACGGUAGGACUUACGAGCAGGUGAAAGAUUACCUUGUGUCGCUAUGUCAGACGGAGCUGGAGAGCUACCAGGCCGUUCAUGACGUUUUCAACAAGCUUUUGGACAGCUCAAACGGGGUAGUGCAGGAAUUCCAUCAGCAGAUGUUUGUUCAGAAGAAUCCAAUUUUCCAGAGGGCAGCAGACUUCUCAUUCCAGCCUAUCGACACGGAUACGGUGACACAUCUGCUAAGAGAGAGUGGCACAGCAGAGGAGCACAGCCUGGAUAAGGAGGCCCGCAAGUGGGCCAGCCGCGUGGCUCGAGAGUACAAGAGUAUCAUCCACACACAACGGGUCCUGGAGGAAUUUGGGGCUCAGGAGAGCUCGGAGCAGAACGGCGGAGAGCUGGAGGCCAAGAUGGAGGUGGCGAGGGAGAAUCUGCGAAGGGCGGAGACGGUCAAGGCAAAGGCUGAGGCCCGCCUGGACCUGCUGAGAGAGGCGGGCGUCAGCGUUGAAACGUGGCUGAAGAGCGCCAUGAACCAGGUGAUGGAGGAGCUGGAGAACGAGCGCUGGAACAACCUCAGUGGACACGAUUCAUCGCUUUCCGGAACUGCCGACCUGGAGCGCGAGGAGGAUGAGGAGAUGGAGGACAGUGGCGAGGUAUUGGAUGACAGCAGCUCGAGCCCAUCCAGCACGUUGAAGAACUACCCACUCACCUGCAAAGUUCUUUACUCCUACAAGGCCUCUCAACCGGAUGAGCUGACCAUCGAGGAGCAGGAAAUCUUGGAGGUCAUCGAUGAUGGCGACAUGGAGGACUGGGUGAAGGCCAAAAACCGCAGCGGCCAAGUUGGCUACGUCCCUGAGAAGUACCUGCAGUUGCCGUCCUCCAAUAGCCUGCUGAGCAUGCUGCAAUCUCUGGCAGCAUUGGAUGCACGCUCACACUCCUCUAGCAACUCCACCGAACCUGAAACAGAGCUCCCCACUGGCUCGGUCAACGGAGACGCCAGCGUGUCGUUCGCCAAAGCCCUGUACGACUACGCCGGCCAGACAGAUGACGAGCUCUCCUUCCCCGAGGGCGCCAUCAUCCGCAUUCUGAGCCGGGAGACUCACGAGGACGACGGCUUCUGGGAGGGCGAGUUCAACGGUGUGGUCGGCGUCUUCCCCGCCGUCCUGGUGGAGGACCUGGCCGGCGGCGCGGGCGAGAACGGCACGCCGGCCCAGUACGAACGCUCUCCUCGCAGCCCUUUCCAUUCGGGGCCGCUCCACAGCAGCCCACUGCAGACGCCCACUGCGUCGUCUUCGCCCCACUCGAGCCCAUGCAGCGCUACCGCUUCGCCGGUCGGACGGCCCCCAGCCUACCACAAUGGGCACCACCGGCCGCCGCCGGGCACACCGCACAAGAGCCCCUUUCACAGUCCGGGGCAAGGCUCACCACAACCUCCCAAAUACCCAGACAGCGGAUCAGGCACCAUCCGACCUGUCCGAGCUGCUCCGCCGCCGCCCAAGCAGCACCCCCGAGGGCAGGUGAAACGGCGAGAGGAGGUGGAAAUCACGCUGGUGUGAAGUGGAGACUGAGCGCCCCCUAUAGGACGCCUCACACGGCCAAUGCUUUUGCCGGAAGAACAAACAAACGUGCCUUUCUCACAGUGUACCAUUCUGAUUACAAAAUGCUUUCUUUCUGUGUGAGGAAACCGGUCGACGACCGAACAGGGUCUGUAUCGUGAUGUCACAUUGGUUUAGGGAGUGGGGGCUGCGAGGCUGGUCCUGGCCCCCCAACUCAAACACUAAAAUAAGGGAAAAGUGGCAAUGAUGUGGGGAGGAAGAAUAUUCUGGAAAAAAAUGGAACACUUCCCUCUAUUUUUUCCACCCCAGGGAGAGAAAUGUAAUUUUUUUCUACGCUACCUUCAACCUCUUGAUUUACAUUUAACAAAUAUACAUUAAGUAUUGGAGGAAUACAUAAGUACUUAAAAUAGUAUUAAUUAAAAAAAAAAGAAAAAAACUAAAUAUAGAAAAUGACUUUGAAAAAGUCAGCUAAGAAUUAGAAAAUCCUAAAAUGAAAUCAUAAAAACAAAAAUAAGAAAAGUAAAUGUAGAAAAUUUAAAAACUUUAAUUUUCGAAUUAAUAGUUCAUUAAAAAAAAUUAAGGUUAUUUAUAUUUUCAAAAAACCUACUUACAAAACUAUACAGUUUUUUUUUUUUUUACUUAAUUUUUCUACUUCAUAUGAUUUUUAUUUUUUCAUAUUUUGAUUUAUGAGUUUUCAAUUAUGUUUUUAACAUAUAAUAUUCAUGUAUUUAUUGAUUCCUCAAUGAUUUUUGGUGCAUGUUUGUUGAAUGUAAAAUCAGGCAUCAAGAGUUAACCUAACAUCUGACCUUUUCUGUUAAAAGCAAAAACAAAACAAAAAACCUCAACAAGUGUCAAGAUUUCAGUAAGCAGCUUAGAGCCGUAACAGACAGGCUGUAUCGACAUAAUAGUAGCCACCUUUUGCAUGUAGUAUCAGUGCCGUAACAGAGGCAGAACUGAUCCUGUCGUCCAUUUUGUAUAUUUAGAACCAGUAUGUAAUGGCCCGCAUUUUUUCCUUCCAUUUGUUCCCAUCGUAUAUAAACGGCACAUACACUGUAACCAAAAUGGGGGGUAUAAAUUCGACCUAAGGAAUAAUCCGUGCUAAAACCAGAGGCGGGACUAAAAGCAAAAAAUUUUUCUCCCUUUCAGUUUCUACUCUGUCUAUAAAAAGUGACCUUUGUUAAAUUUUUGAACAAUUUCCCACCUUUUUUCAUCUUGCUGUAAUUUAAAAAUGGCAAUUGCAAAAUGACAUUGAUGAAGUCAGUAUGAAUGGAUUGUGAAUGAAGUCGAUGGCAGUUUUCCCCACACCUUGCAAAAGCUAGCUUUCCCACAUCGCUUACCCGUAACACUUUCCUGUAUUUAAAAAAAAAAAAAAAAAAAAAAAAAAGCACCUUCAUGGAAUGGGAGUGACAAAGUCAACCCGUUUAUUUUCCACCUUUGGUAAACCAGUGGCAAAUUUGACCAGGCAGGUUUUUUUUCAAAAUUAAAAUCAGAACCGUAAGAGAAAGGCGGAAAAAUGCCGAAUCCUCAGUUUAGGGCUCUGAUGGGGUGAAUUUGCAGGGUCUCUGUAUGGAAAGGAGGGCGUGAUCCUGAUGUAAAAUGUAUAGUGUGUGUCACACAAUGAAGCACUUUUUUUGCCUUCUUUUUUGUCAGUAUUUUGAUUGUCCGCAUUUUACCUAUUUUGUAUACCAGCUGUAUUGGUAUGAAUACUUCGUUAUACUAUGUUAUUUAGCCUUAAAUAGCCACCCUAGUGUCUUAUAGAGAUCCUAUUUUCGUUUGAAAUAGUUUACAGAGGGCUUGGAGAUGGAUAUCUUUACAAAGUAUUAGCAGUUUUAUUCUUUUAAUUUACUUUUCAGACAGUAGGAUUAAAAAAAAUGGAUUUAGUUCCACUCGAUCUACGUGGUUAGUAAAAGAAAAAGGUAUCUGUCAGCCACGUUGCUGUUUUCUCAUUGAUCUCAUUGAGAUCUGAAUGACAUCAAACUUAUUUUUGAAGUUUGCAUUUACAGUCUUGUAUUGAAAUAAGGAAAAAAGAGAAAAGUGUCUUUUCCCUGUUUUAGAGAUGUUAACGCGCUACUUUUUCCAUGUUUGGUUCAGUUGUGUUCACGUUAGCGCUGCUGUUCCUGCCGAGUGUCAUAUUUACACAAGUGGAUGUUUAACAGUAUUUAUUGUGUACAAAUAAAUGUGAAAUAAAGAAUAGCUUCAAUCGUG